AGCAAAGCGGCCUGACCACGUCUCCAUGGCGACGGCGGACGCGGUGGUGCCCGCAGCUGGUACCUACCGACUAGAGAGGCGCAGGCAGCGACGGGGAUCCAGAUUAGGGCGGGGCCAUGUCGGACCUGGGUUCGGAGGAGUUGGAGGAAGAGAGAGAGAAUGAUCUUGGGGAAUAUGAAGGGGAGCGGAACGAGCUGGGUGAACGGCACGGGCACGGGAAAGCGAGGCUGCCCAACGGGGACACGUAUGAAGGGAAAUACGAGCACGGUAAAAGGCAUGGCCAGGGGACCUACAAGUUUAAAAAUGGUGCUCGGUACAUCGGAGAGUAUGUUAAAAAUAAAAAGCAUGGUCAAGGCACCUUUAUCUAUCCUGAUGGAUCAAGAUAUGAAGGGGAGUGGGCCAACGACCUGAGGCACGGCCACGGCGUGUACUACUACGUGAACAACGACACCUACACCGGAGAGUGGCUUGCUCACCAAAGGCACGGGCAGGGCACCUACUUGUACGCGGAGACGGGCAGCAAGUACGUGGGCACCUGGGUGAAGGGGCAGCAGGAGGGCGCGGCCGAGCUCAUUCACCUGAACCAUAGGUACCAGGGCAAGUUCCUGAACAAAAACGUCGCAGAACCCUGGGCGGAGCUCGCCGUCCUGCGCAGCAGGUCCCCCUGGGCCCGUCAUUCCACCGACCUCCGUGUGCCGAUGCCCGGCCCGAACCCCCGUCCGUCCGUCCCUCCCCUCGCCCCCCACCGAAGCUGGCGUUAUAAAGCAUUUUGUACUUUCUACUGGGUGUUGACCCUCAAGAGUGAAGCCCUUCUCGUUGUCUCUCUGUUCCCAGCCUGUUGGCCCUGGAAAGCAACAGAGAUGCGCUGGGAUGCUGAGCCCUAGACCUCUGUCAAGAGCGGUUCCUGUGAAGGAGUAGAGGAAACGGAGGAGUCGAGAAAGCGGGACCCCACGGGAGCUCUGAAACUGGGUGACCCUUCAAAGUGUCCUGAGCGGAGGAGGCAAAGGACUUUGACUCCCCCUUGGACCCGUCCUGGGGUGGGCUGCCCAGGGACCGGGCCAUGAAACCCCGGGCCACGUGGCUUCCUUUGUGCAGCCAAGGAGGGAGGUUCCCGGGAGGGGCUCCGUGCUCAGGCAACAGCUGGAGGAGUGGGUGCCGGGUCCCUGGGUGCCAGGUCCCAGGAGCUUCUGAGAUGGCAGACACCCCAGAGGGACGGUUCUCAGAGUUUAGUCCCUGGGCCCGCAGCCCUGGCACCAGCGGAAAUCUAUUAGAAAUGCAGGUUCUUGGGCCCCCCAGGCUCCCGGGGGUCAGAAACUCUGGGGUGGGGUCUGCCUUCUGGACAGCGAACAGCCCCUCCAGGGGCUUGUGGGGCAGUUCAAGCCAGAGCACCUCUCGCUGUCCUGGAGCACCGCCGGCACCCUUUGUGGGGGCUGAAAAUCAGACCUUUUGAAACCGAGUAGAGCAGUCAGGCAGGGGCCUGUCACCUUUUGUCACAGGCGUCAUCAUCUUUGUGACAGCGAGGUUUUCCACCUUGGUCUUUGGAAUUUUGUGAUAGUCACAAAACCGAGAAGCAGACCAAUACGCUCGGCAGGAUUGGCCUAUGUUGGCUCUAAACCAGUGUCGGCAUUACACAUUCUUGUAAAACAUUCCCCACCUGGAAAUGACGAACUUUGUUCUCCCUGAAUUGUAUUUUUCAGCUCAGCGCUCGCGUUCUUCCGCGCCAUCACCGGGUCGUCUUCGGGUGUUUAGGAUUUUUCUUACAGUGAUGUUCCUUCUAUUGUGUGUAAAGAAUCUUAGAGUGGGAGUUCCCAUCGUGGUGCAGCAGAAAGGAAUCCGACU